GAUGCACAUCUCUUGGGAAGGGAUCAUUGCACUGAUUAAUCGCAACUGGUGGAAAAUUUCCUGGUGAAGGAAAGAAAACCUUUCCAAGGGCUCUUUUCGACCUUCUUGUCAUUUCAUACCUCUCUUUCUUGUUUCAAAUCAUGAGUUCUUCGCAGGAGAAGAAAUGUCUGGUGGAGUCUGGAGACAAGAAUAAGUCAGUGAUCAACUUGGCUUUCUGGUUUGUCAUUUUGUCACUUAUUGCGACUACCAUUGGACUGGUUUCCGUGCCUGUGCUGGUGGUCUGUGUGUCACUUGAGCCCUGCUUUCCCUGCUUGCAAGACGUGAGCAAGCACGGUCUUGGACUUGAUCCCCCUGAGGAGUAUCCGGACUGCGGACUUGGCCAGCUUCUGAGGUCUGCUGCUGCUGCUGCUGCUGCUGCCCCUACUCCAGCAGCACUUGGUGUUGUUCCCUCCGGCGGCAGACAACGACGACGACGACGACGAGGAGGAUGA